AUGACAGCUCCAAGACUCAAAACCACAAUCGCAAUUCUCGGCUGCGGUGAUGUCGGCGCGACUCUAGCCUACACUCUCGUGCUCCAACCCAUCUGCAGUGAGGUCAUCCUCGUCGAUCUCAAGAAAGACCUGCUAGAAGCCCAGGUCCGCGAUCUGAACGAUGCGACAUACCGUGGAGAUUCGGGUGUCAAGGUGCGCGCUGGAUCGCACAGAGAGGCGGGGCAGGCGGAUAUCGUGGUGAUCACUGCUGGGGCAAAACAGAAGACUGGUGAAUCACGUCUCUCUCUGCUGUCACGGAAUCUGCAUAUUCUCGAAUCAAUUUUCUCAUCAAUGGCCCCCAUUUCACAAGACACCAUUCUGCUCCUUGUUGCCAACCCGGUGGACAUUCUAACCUAUUUCGCACGCAAACUCUCUGGUUUGCCAGAAUCCCAGGUCCUAGGUACAGGUACCAGUCUGGAUUCUGCACGCUUGAGAGGUGUCCUUGCGCAGAAGGCCGAGGUUGCACCAAAUAGUGUUGAUGCGUUUGUGUUGGGGGAGCAUGGAGACAGCCAGUUUAUCGCGUGGUCAAGCGCGUCCAUUGGCACAACACCCCUCGCCCUCGCCCUCUCCGACCAGUUAACCCCAGGCUUUAAAGAGUAUAUCUCCGCCCAUACGCGCGGUGCAGCAGGUGCCAUUAUCGCCGCCAAAGGCUGCACCUCUUACGGUAUCGGUAACAUUGCCGCUAGUAUUUGCAAGUAUAUUCUCUUCGACUCGCGGAGUGUACGGCCAUUGUCAUUUUACCAGCCGGAGCUUGGAUGCUGUCUGUCAAUGCCAGCGGUGGUCGGAAGGAAGGGUAUUAUCAAGGCCAUGCCGAUCCAGCUGGAUGAGGCGGAGAGGAGGGAGUUGGAGAAAUGUGCUGAGGGUUUGAGGGGAAUUAUCGCGGGGGCGGAGAAGGAGUUGAGCGCAGAUAGACAGUUGGAGAAGGCGUUGGCUAGUGACAAGGGAGUAUAG